AUGGCUUCGGGCCUUCAGUCGCUGCUUGAGCACCGCGUGUGCGUGCUGACCUUCGACGGGCGCCUCUUCAUGGGAACUUUAAUUGCCUUCGACCAAUCCACAAAUAUCGUUUUGAAUAAAUGCGCAGAAAAAGUUGUGCACGAAGACGCGCCCGUGGAGAUCGUGCCGCUGGGGCUUUAUUUGCUGCGGGGGGAUAACAUAGCCGUUGUCGGCCAGGUUGACGAAGACGUGGAGAAGUCGAUCGACGCUUCGGGUGUACGUGCACCUCCGCUGAAGCCGAUCAAACACUCCUAG